AUGGAAACACAUUUACUCGACUUGUCCAUCCCUGCCGAGGAUGCUGCCUUCGGUUUGAUGGCCGAUUUCGAUGCAGACCCUCACCCCAACAAAGUAUCUUUAAUUGCAGGAGCAUACCGUGAGGAAAGUGGCAAGCCCUGGGUUUUGCCCAGCGUUAGAAUGGCAAAGGAGCAGCUUCGUGAUGAAAAUCACGAAUAUUUGGGAAUAGCGGGAUCGCCAACGUUCAUCAACCUGGCAAAGGAUCUUAUUUUCGGGCCCGUCGUAUCCGGUAUUCAAGACAACAUUGGUUCAAUUCAAACAGUGUCUGGCACAAGUGCAAACCACAUUGCUGCCACAUUCCUGGCCGACCGACUGCGCCCAAACCGCGUGUUCAUUCCAUCACCAACCUGGAUCAACCACAAAUCCAUAUGGGAGGCGACCGGGGUUACAGUUGCAGAAUAUCCGUACUACUCUUCAAGUACGAAGCAAGUGGAUAUGGCUGGGAUAAUGGAUACCCUAGAUCAGGCGGAGCCCAACGACGUCGUUGUUCUGCAAGCCUGCGCGCACAACCCCACUGGCGUAGACCUGACAAAGUCUCAAUGGCGGCAGAUUGCUGACUUAUGUCAUGAAAGAUCGCUAUUCAUCGUGUUUGACAGUGCAUACCAAGGCUUUGCGACAGGUGAUGUUGACGGCGAUGCGUGGGCGGUUCGUCAUUUUACAGAAAAUGUUCUCGCGUUAGAAAACCAUCCAGGUCUGUGCGUUGCACAGUCAUUCUCCAAGAACUUUGGACUGUAUGGUGAGCGCGUCGGUGCUUUACACCUGGUUUUACCGCGGAAUGUCUCGGCUCAAGGCGCGCGCGGUGAAUUCAUGACAAUUGCGCGGCGGGAAUACUCUAAUCCACCUCGAUUUGGAGCAAGUAUUGUUCAAAAGAUUCUGGGCGAGCGUGGGUUGAGAGUACAGUGGAAACAUGAUUUGAACACCAUGAGUUUAAGGAUUCAGAGUAUGCGAUGUGAGUUGAGACGAGGGCUGGAGAAAAAGACGCAGCAGGACUGGUCGCAUGUGGAGACGCAGAUUGGCAUGUUCAGCUAUACGGGCUUGACAAAGGAGCAGGUUUCCCGACUGCGAGACGAGUUCCACAUCUAUUUGUUGCCGUCAGGGCGCAUCAGUGUAUGCGGACUGAAUGAAGGCAAUCUCCAAUAUGUAAUCCACGCGAUUGGCGAAGUUAUCAAAAUCUAG